UCCCCGCGAGUGUCGGUAUUCGGUUCGCGCUUAUUUCAUUUUUCAAAAUUUCUCGGUGUCGCUUUAUCGAUCGUCGAAGAUCAAAGUGGAGGAAAAGGCGCAGCGAAAUGUUGACGUUUCUACUCCUUAUAUUGCUGUCGUCGUGGAGAAAUCGGAACCACGCGCUCCAUGUUUCUUCCACGUCCUCGAAGACUUCUUCGAAAGCCACGCUGACCAGAGGGACUGUCAACGACAUUGUUUCCAGAAACAUCACGAUGGUUCUUGAGAACCUUCUAAUGAACUACGAGAACAAUCAACUGCCUACUCACGGAAAGGGAACGCCAACCGUGGUAAAAACCAAUAUUCUGAUAAGGAGCAUGGGUCCUGUGUCGGAACUUGACAUGGAUUAUUCGAUGGAUUGUUACUUUCGACAAUCUUGGCGCGACUCUCGUUUAAGCUUCUUGGGCCCGAUAAAGUCGCUCAGCUUGAGCAUCAAAAUGUUGGAAAGAAUCUGGAGGCCGGACACGUAUUUUUAUAAUGGAAAACACAGCUACGUGCAUACCAUCACGGUGCCGAAUAAAUUAUUAAGAAUCUCGCAAGAUGGAGAUAUACUCUAUUCCAUGAGGCUUACUAUAAAAGCAAAAUGUCCAAUGGAGCUUCGAAAUUUUCCCAUGGAUCGGCAAUCUUGUCCGCUUAUUCUCGGAAGUUAUGCAUAUACGUCCGGUCAAUUAAUUUACGAAUGGCAAGAGGGCUCCUCCGUAAAUUUCGUCCCUGGAAUGGCUCUUUCACAGUUCGAUCUCAUGGGUUCACCGUACAGGAAUUUAACUUUUGUUCGUCGCGAAGGGGAAUUCUCAGUUCUUCAAGUUUCCUUCAACUUGCAACGAAACACCGGUUAUUUUCUCAUCCAAGUUUACGUACCCUGUGUUUUGAUAGUAGUCCUAAGUUGGGUGUCUUUCUGGAUUCAUCGUGAAGCUACUAGCGAUCGGGUUGGUCUAGGCAUUACUACCGUUUUGACACUGUCCACCAUUAGUCUCGAUUCCAGAACAGACUUGCCUAAAGUUAGAUACGCCACUGCCCUUGAUUGGUUUUUAUUAAUGAGUUUUGGAUACUGUAUCGCUACUCUGUUGGAAUUCGCCGGUGUGCACUACUUUACAAAGGUUGGCAGCGGAGAAAUUCCUUUGGACGAGGAAGAGUUGGAAAAUGAGAGCGAAGCCGACUAUCAGGAUGGGUUUUGCGACAUUGUGUCGCGCAGUCCUCAAACUAUUCACCCAGAGACAAUGAUAGACGUACCUCGAAGGACAAGUUCUUUGUUAUGCGAUGUUUAUGAUGUUAAUGAAUCCGUCUCUUACGGAAGAGGAUCGAUGACAGUGUCCGUUACGUCGAAACCAUCAACGAUGGAAAGACAAACGCAAACGGAAGUGUGGAUACCGAAGUGGCGACAAUUUCUCUAUUGCCUUGCUGGCGAUGAGGAGUUCAGGAGGCGCAGACAAAGGGAAGCAGCUGGAAAUUGCAGGAAGAAAGGCGAAAAGAUCGCAAGACACAUAAAUAGCGUGUCUUACAUCGACAAAGUGGCGCGAGUCGUAUUUCCCGCUUCUUUUGGCCUACUCAAUGUAUGCUAUUGGGUCAUCUACGUCACUUAUCAAGAGGAAUUCAAGUGGCAAGAUCCACCGUUUGGAUCGAUUUCUCACUGAUUCGAUCCACAAAGUAAUUAAGAUAGCGGUGUAUAUGUAUAAUAUACACGCAAGUCAGAUUGAUAUAUACACAUAUAUGUAAUCGAAAUUUAACCUUAGAAAGGAAAGCUCGAGUUUCAUCAAAUUAUGAGAUGAUAUAUUCCCCUUCUACUUAUCCCUAGUAACAAAAUUAUGUAAUUUCAUCCUUUCUGCUUUCACGUUACAACAACAAGAUAUUAUACUCUUUAACGACAGAUAUAUAUAUAUGUGUGUGUGUGUGUGUGUGUGUAUACGGUGUUUAAUAAAUUUAGUAUGCCCCUUUUUUGAUUUUCGUUAUUACCUGCGUUCAAGGGAACGCAUAAAUCGAUUUUAAAAUAUAUCAGAGUAUUUUAUACACAUAUACACACAACACGUAUGUCGGCCAAGGAAAGGACACUACUAUUAUAAAUACUAAAAACGAGCAUAGUGACAAAGUAGUAACGAGAAUGACUUUCCAUUUUCUGGAUUAUCCAGAAAAUGGGAAGCCAUUAGUAGUUGCCCUCUUCUACGGCAAUUUGCCGGGCCUCUUCGGCUCGUGGCCUCUUCUCUCUUCGGGCGCGAUGCCCGCUGAAACUUGUAAACGUUCGUUUCGCAACCCGUUCUCUACACGCGACCACGACCGCGAAAUUCAAAAAAUCGAUAGGCAAGGCCAGAGACGAAUGGCAUGCUCCAUUCGUGGUGUCAGCUUCACCGUCGAUUUUUCAAAAUUGGUAUCCUGAAACAGGUUGGACACGCGAAGACGCGCCUACCUGACGACAGACUGUGCCAACCUGCCCGGCCCUGCCUGCUUAUAGUUAUACUCAUUCACACCAGAAAGUAUACUCUACCUAUCCUACCCGGACACCUAUAUUUAAAAUUUAUGAGGUGACAAAACAAGCACACCAACACACUCGCUCCACGGUCCUCACGCAUAACCCGGGCGCAAGAGCCUACACUAGAGAAACGUCCCGGGACGCCUCCGACACCCGAGUUUCACACACAACAUUCACACUCUAAUAUACGUACCAUUUCCCUGAAAUCGACUGACGAAUCGGCUAGCGACCAUUGCGUAAAAAUAUUACGUACAUUUGAUUUCCAAUUUUAAUGAAAUAUUCAUAAUCGCGUACAAUUAUGCAUAUAUCGUCCAAACAAAUAAUCUUACUAGAAUAGACCAUUGUAUUUUGAUCGAUGUAAUCAUCAUUUAUAAUUUAAUACCAACACAUAUGUAGUAGCAUUGUUAUUGCCAAUUGAAUUCACACAUCUGCGAAAAUUAUAAUCAAUAGCAAAAACGACGCAAUUCCACAGCUUAAUCGCAUACACACACACACACACUAAUAGUGGAAAAUACGUCGUGCACGAUACACCAACGCAACGUCAGUCGCCAAGAAAUUGUUAAGCUUAUAAACUAAUCAUCAUGCCCAUUGCCUUUCUCCCAUCCAAGUAGCACCUGGGCACGUGAGCGAGGUCCUGGCAAUGAACACGGCAGGGGUAAAACCUGAAAAUCCUAGGCUAAAAGAAUGAUUAACAAUUAUAUUUUGCAUCUAACGGGAUAGUGAUCUCAUUUCAUUCAAAUUUUAAUGACUCUAUAUUUUACUUUAUCUUAUCAAUUGAGAAAUAAUAUUUUUGUGUCAAUGAUUCUAAUUGAAAUAUUAAUAGAAAUGACCUCAGGCGAUUCCUUUAUCAAAACAUAAGGAAUCUUUUAAACACAAGGAACCAUUCAAAUCUUGUUUUGAUUCCAGAAUCUGCCUGUCGCGAAGUGUCUUCUUGCACGUGAAAUUUGAUACACGUCAGCGGACAGAUAAAAUUACGCUUUUAUUAUCUUCGCAUUUCAUAUUUUCAAAUUUAAUACUUAUUAUAUUAUCAUACUUAUUAUCGAUGCAUUAUCAUCCAUAUCUAAAAACGCCACGUGCAAGAAAACCUAUCCUGAGCUAAUAAAUAGGAUACAGACAUGAAAAUGUUACUACUCACGGGUAUAAUAAAUACCCGCGGUCACUAUGCUCGCCAAAAAUUCUACAUAAUACUGGUUAGUCACCCGUGUCGAUUCGGACUUUUCAUUCGACGACAUGGUUGAGUAACCGGAGGAACAAA